GCGGCUCUUCUCAGCCAUGGCUGAUCGGCACACCGUCCGCGAGACGGCGCCGAAGCGUCUGCAACACGUUCUGUUUGGCGUGCUAUCGUCAGACCAGAUCGUCGCACUUUCAGAGGUCGAGUGCACACAGAGAGACUUUUAUCACUUCACGCCAAUCACGGGCAAUGCUGGACAAGUGACGAGCAAGAAGGCCGUGAAUGGCUCGGCCGUGAAGCCGCCUGCUGCUUCUACAUCCGCUGCCACCGAGCGUGAACCCAAGCCGGGCGGCGUGCUCGACAGACGACUCGGCAUAGCAGACAAGAAAUCCAACUGCGAAACCUGUGGCGAGCGUGCGAAGGAAUGCGUCGGGCAUUACGGCUACAUCAAAUUGACCGUGCCCCUCUUCCACACGGGCUACUUCAGAAAGACGAUCGAGAUCUUGCAAGUCAUCUGCAAAGUCUGCUCGCGAACGCUGCUCGACGAUGACCAGCAACGCGCAGCGCUCAGGAAGUUAAGACGACCCAAUCUCGACAACACCCAGCGAGACAGAUUCCUCAAAGAAGUCGUCGCGACAGCCAAAAAGGCACUCAAUUGUCCUCACUGCGGAUCAAUCAACGGCACGGUCAAAAAAGCGGGAAGUCUCAAGAUAAUCCACGAGAAGUACCGCGCACGCAAGAUGAAACCCGCCAGAGAGGCCUUCGAGCAGUCCUUCGAUCAUGCUCUCCAAGACACGAAGGAGCUCAAGGGCUCGAUCAGCCGUGCACAAGACGACCUCAAUCCGCUUCGUGCGCUCAAGCUGUUCGAAUGUAUCACCAAUCCAGACUGCGAAUUGCUCGGCCUAGAUGCUACCAUCUCCCGGCCAGAGACCUUUAUUUGGCAGUAUCUCCUCGUGCCUCCUGUGACCAUCCGUCCGUCGGUACAGCAAGACGAUGCGACGAACGAGGAUGACCUGACCGUCAAGCUUGCUGAGAUCGUCUUUACGAACCAACUCAUCAAGUCAGGCCUCGCAAAGGGUAUCCAGACAAACGUCUUCAUGGAACAAUGGGACUUUCUGCAGCAUGCAGUUGCGACUUAUAUCAAUUCGGACGUGAAUAACAAUACCAUCUCGGGUCAGAAACCCAUGAGAGGUCUUUGCCAGCGUCUCAAAGGCAAGCAAGGCAGAUUUCGAGGAAACCUUUCCGGCAAGCGUGUCGACUUCUCGGCCCGAACUGUCAUCUCGCCCGAUCCGAAUCUGCGUAUCGAUGAGGUCGCGGUACCGGAAAAGGUCGCAAAGAUUCUAACUUACCCCGAGAGAGUGACAUCGCACAAUCUCGAGCAGUUGAGAAAGGCAGUUCGCAAUGGCAAAGAAGUCCAUCCGGGUGCUUGCUAUGUCAUAUCUGCUGCUACAGGCAUCAAGAAGGAUCUCAAGUAUGGCAAUCCCAUCGAGCUCGCCAAGCAACUCAGGAUAGGUGACGUUGUCGAGAGACACCUUCGCGAUGACGACAUUGUCCUCUUCAACCGUCAGCCGAGUCUACACAAGCUCUCUAUCAUGUCUCAUCGUGUCAAGGUCAGACCUUGGCGCACCUUCAGACUCAACGAAUGCGUCUGCACGCCCUACAAUGCUGAUUUUGACGGCGAUGAGAUGAACCUUCACGUACCACAAACCGAAGAAGCUCGAACAGAGGCCGCUCAUCUCAUGAGCAUCAAGCAAAAUCUUGUCACACCCCGCAACGGCGAACCGAUCAUCGCUGCUACUCAGGACUUUAUCACUGGCGCAUUCUUACUCUCGCGGCGUGACAAGUUUCUAAACCGAGCAGAGAUUGGUCAGAUACUGUGCUACCUGACAGAUGCCGAAGGCGAUCUCGAGCUCCCUCCGCCAACGAUUCUCCGACCGAAGCAACUCUGGACGGGCAAACAAGUCUUUAGCGUUCUGAUGCGACCUAGCUCACGCAGUUCAAUCUGUGUCAAUCUCGAAGCAAAGUGCAGGACAUUCGAAGCUCCUCCGGCCGGCUAUGCGCCGGAUAUGUCGCCCAACGACGGCUACUUGGUCAUCGAGAACAGCGUCAUCAUGUGCGGUGCUCUUGACAAGGCCACAGUCGGUGAUGGCAAGAAGAACUCGGUCUUCGGGGUCUUGCUGCGCGACUACGGCGCAGAUGCAGCUGCGCAAGCGAUGAAUCGCCUUUCAAAGCUUUGUGCCAGAUGGCUUACCAAUCAAGGCUUCUCGAUCGGUAUCAGCGACGUGACACCAGGCGAUAAGCUACGCGACGAGAAAGACGACCGCAUCCGCAAAGCGUACGAAGAGUCAAACUUGCUCAUCACACAAGCCGCUCACGGAAAGCUCGAGAACGCGGCAGGGUGUGAUCAGGAUCAGACGCUCGAGGCAUCUAUCUCAGGUGUCCUCUCGCGCGUCAGAGACAAGGUCGGCGAGAUCUGUAUGACUGAGCUUUCCCGCAACAAUGCUCCUCUUAUCAUGGCUAUAUGUGGCUCGAAGGGUUCGAAGAUCAACGUUUGUCAAAUGGUCGCCUGUGUCGGCCAGCAGAUCACGAACGGCAAGCGUGUUGCUGAUGGCUUCAUCAAUCGCUCGCUUCCUCACUAUCUCAAGAAGUCAAAGAACCCGCCCUCAAAAGGAUUCGUCCGUAACUCGUUCUACAGCGGUCUCACGGCAACCGAGUUUUUCUUCCAUGCCAUCUCUGGGCGUGAAGGCCUUGUUGAUACUGCGGUCAAGACUGCAGAGACUGGCUAUAUGCAGCGUCGACUCAUGAAAGCGCUCGAGGAUCUUUCCACGCGCUACGAUCUCUCAGUCCGCAGUUCGACAGGCUCAAUCGUACAAUUUAUGUAUGGCAAUGAUGGCCUUGAUCCUGCAUACAUGGAGGGCGACGGCUCGCCUGUCGAAUUUGUCAGAACUUGGCAGCAUAUUCGGGCCACCGUGCCACAUACCAAGACGAGCAAACCUCUCAUGCCAUACGCGAUACUCGAACUGACUGAUCGCCUUCUCGCCACCGAUCGCUUCGACAUGACCCGACAUUCGGAUUUCCCUGCUCAGAUAAAAGCUUUCGUCGUCAAGCACAUUGUAGCGCCAGCCGCGCGCUUCCGGCGAGCAUACGGCAUGAUUGAAGCGCUCGAGAAGCACGAAGAAUGGGACGACGAGACGGAUCUCACUGGCUUGGCAGGUCCGAAAGCAGUGCACGUCGUAGAUCAAAAGACAAAGACGACAGAAGAUCAGAUUGCGCGCUUCCUGCUGCUCUGCUGGGAAAAAUACGCUCGGUCGAUGGUGGAGCCUGGGACAGCAGUAGGUGCAAUAGGCGCUCAAUCGAUCGGCGAACCUGGCACACAGAUGACGCUCAAGACGUUCCAUUUCGCCGGUGUCGCUUCUAUGAACGUCACGCUCGGUGUGCCUCGUAUCAAAGAGAUCAUCAACGCCAGCAAGGUCAUCUCAACGCCCAUCAUCACAGCCGAGCUUUUGUCCGACCUCGCGCAAUCUGAAGCCUCCGCUAGAGUCAUCAAGGCCCGAAUCGAGAAGACCUACCUCGGCGAGAUUGCAUCGCAAAUGGCGCCCACCGUCACAGCCACGCAAGCCUAUGUGAACAUCCAGAUCGACAUGGAUACCGUCUCGCGUCUUCAACUCGAAGUGACGCCCCACUCGAUUGCUGCCUCAAUUUUGGCUGCAAAGCUGAAGCUGGGUAAAGGCAACGUGUCCGCCAGCCAUUCGGGUCGCAUUCGGAUCUAUCUUCCAGACGAUGACGGCAGCGAAUCUACGAGCUCUGCCCCUCAUAAACUCGAUCGGCUGAACACGCUCUGUCGGCUGCUACCCAAUGUAGUGGUAAAGGGUGUCGGAGCAUGCUCUCGUGCGGUCAUCCAGGUCAAGCAAGGUAGCUCAAAGGAGAAGCAUCUGCUCGUCGAGGGCAACGGUCUUCGCGAAGUCAUGACCACCGACGGCGUGGACGGCCGGCGAGUUACUUCCAACCACAUCAUGGAGGUCGUCAAGGUCUUGGGCAUCGAAGCAGCCCGACAGACCAUCAUCAACGAGAUCGGCGGCACGAUGGGCGCUCAUGGUCUCAGCGUGGAUCCUCGUCAUCUCGGCCUGCUCGGGGACGUGAUGACGUGUAAGGGCGAAGUACUCGGUAUCACUCGUUUCGGUGUUGCAAAGCUCAAAGACUCGACACUCAUGUUGGCGUCGUUCGAGAAGACGACAGACCAUCUCUUCGACGCUGCAGUCUACAGCCGACAGGAUGAUAUCGACGGCAUCUCAGAGUCCAUCAUCAUGGGCUUGCCCGCCAACAAUUGCGGUACAUCACUGCCUUCUGUCGUUUCGAAGAGACCCGUGAUUAGGCAUAUCAAUACGCCCCUCUUCGAACGUCUCGCGACCUGAGCGAGACGAACAAGCAUUUUUGUAUAAUCAACAACAAAUUGUCGUAACAAUGCAUUCGCAGUCCUGUAUGUCGUGUUCAGCCGAGUGUGGACGCGCCUGGCCGACUACUCGGCGCAGAGGGCAGCGUCUUUGCCAUCUCCCUGGCUUGCUUGGUCUGCCAUAUCCGCUUGUGAUGGUCGAGUCUGAUCUGAUAGUAGUGUCGAUUGAGAGUGAAUUUCCUCGGCGGCUCGGCCGGCGGUGCUGCUGGCUCGGUGACCGUGGCCGGCAGAGCGAUAGGUUUGACAGGGGGCACAGACUUUUUGGCGUCUUUGGCCGCUUCCGGGUGCUUUGCGAGGUAGUCUGCCGUCGCUUUGGCAAUGUCUGCCUCGGUGGGCUUGCUUGGCGGCGUUGGACUCGGUAUUGCAGGCGAGGCGGGUGGUGUGAC